CGACCAGCAGGUGGUCUCUGACAGGACGGCCCGGUCACAACCCCUCCACCAGCCCCCCCCAUUUGGAAAACAAUCUCUCUCUGCCGAUCACUUUUGGCCGGAAGAAGACAUCUGCUGAGCUUGACAGAUAGAACAGCAGCUGAGGCAGUGUGCAGGGGCACGGACACCGGAGGGCUGCCACCAAGCCUAGAAGAACCAGGGGACAACGACCGGACACACAGGCACCCCACUCUGACCACAGCGACUGGACCCACAGAGCACCCCACUUUGACCACAGCGACUGGACCCACAGGCACCCCACCCAGACCCUCACAGCGACUGGACCCACACAGCACCCCACCAAGACCCUCACACCGACUGGACCCACAGAGCACCCCACUUUGACCACAGCGACUGGACCCACAGGCACCCCACCCAGACCCUCACACCGACUGGACCCACAGAGCACCCCACCAAGACCCUCACACCGACUGGACCCACAGAGCACCCCACCAAGACCCUCACACCGACUGGACCCACAGAGCACCCCACCAAGACCCUCACACCGACUGGACCCACAGAGCACCCCACCGAGACCCUCACACCAUCCAAAUGGACGUUCCCAUUGCAGAGACGGACUGCAGCUCGCCGCUGAACAUUGAGUACAAGGCGGCUCACCAAGCAUUCAGCGACCGCUGGAAGAAGACGGACGAAAGCAUGUGCCGGCACAGCAUGUCCUUCCACCUGCUACACUCCCUGAGGAACGAGUUCUUCGCCAGCUACGUCUACCUGCUGGAGAAAGUCCCUCUGGUGAAGCUGUUCCCAGUGACCUGUGAGAUCAUCCAGGGGGAGAAGCAGUUCUACCACCGGGCCCAGCAGUUCUACCAGGACGUGCCCGCCUCGGAGGAGGGAAUGCUGGGGGACUUUGUGGAGAUCUCCGACGUGGAUCUGGAAGGGUCCCGGAAUUUUCUCAAGAGGUUUGUGGGGCCGGGGAAGGCCGGGACCCUACGAGCGCUGGACUGCGGCUGCGGGAUCGGCCGCGUGUCCAAAGGGGUCCUCCUGCCCAUGUUUGAGAAGAUGGAGAUGGCGGACAUGAUGGAGCACUUCCUGCUUUACGCACACGAGGAGUACCUGGGCGACGACGCAGACCGCAUCGAGACGUACUACUGCUACAGCCUGCAGGACUUCACCCCCCCUGCCAAGAAAUACGACUGCGUCUGGAUCCAGUGGGUCGCCUGCCACCUCACGGACAAGGACCUGAUGAAUUUCCUGAUGCGCUGCAAGAAGAGCCUGCGGCCCAACGGCGUGAUCGUCCUGAAGGACAACAUGGCGCGGCAGGGCUGCAAGCUGGACCCCGUCGACAGCACGGUCAUCCGCCACCUGGACAUCAUACGGGACAUCAUCUUCAAGGCGGGCCUGGAGGUGCUUGGCGUGGAGAAGCAGGAGGGCUUCCCUGAGAUCAUGGUGCCCGUGUGGAUGGUUGCCAUGAAGCCAGUAGUGAGCCCGUAGGACAGCUGCUGCUCAUUACACCGUGGGUCAGCCCCUUCUGGUACCAGGGCACUGGACUCAACCAGAGAAGAGACAGUGUUGGUCCUACCAGGCCCCGGGGAAAGGGCUGGGGACUCUUAUGGUGUCGGUCACUAAAAUCUGAUCGUUGGUCACCAGCUUCAUAAUGAGGAGUGUGAGUGGAAAACAUCUCUGUUAACCUUUGGCCGUUCUGCCCUCCAAGAGCGGGAACGAGAGCAGAGUGGAGUUAGUCACAGUGACACAUAUUACAGUAAAAUAUGAAUUAACUACCUUCAUUGGAUAAAACGAAUGUGGCCCAUGCAUUAUUUAUUCUGACUUUUCAUCUGAGUAUGUCUCUCCUAUUUGUCCUCUUUUGUGCACAUGAAACCGAUUUUGACACAAUUUAGAGAAAUUUAAAAUAUCAUUCAGCAACUGUAGGGCCAAAUAGUAUGAGUCUUUAUUGAAGAAGAGGGAAUGUAUUGUGUGUUAUGUUUCUGUAGGCGCAAGUAUGACUGGCAUUUGUUCAUGUCAACUGAGUAGAUGUAUAUAUUGAUGUUGUUUGAUGUAAUUAUGCAUUUUAUACAAUUGCCUGUUAUAGUGCAAACACAAUUUUUUAAAGAGCUCCUUUUUGUUCAA